CGCAUCGGUGGAGCAUGAGCUCAGGAAGCAUUUCGAAGGACUAAAAUGAGCUUUUGUCUGUCGUCUUUCGCAAGAAAAAAUAUCCAAACGUUGUUUCCAGCGAAGUUGACUUCGUCUCGUUGACAGAAAGAAACUGCAUCCUGUUGCAGACAGCAGAGCUUUGAUCCACAGCAACUCUGACACACGCAGCCGCAAAACAUUUCACACUGGAAAACUGUCAGGAGACACAGUGAAAGAUCAUGACGACGCUGCUGGACCUGAAGAGUAGCGUGCUGAGGCAGGUGCAGAGGAGCCAGUCGCUGAGGAGCAGAAGGGAGCAGCCGCCCACCCCCAGCAGCCCCCUCACACACUGUCCUGACCCCUUACCUCGCAGGAUUUCCGAGGAGAGCUUGGAGUUCUUUGAGCGUGUGAAUGCUAUCCUUCAGAAGCAGGAGAACAUGCUGCGGGCCGCCCAGGCUGAGUGCCAACGAGGGCCCUGCACAGUGCCGCCGCCCCAGGAGCAUGUGGACCAGGCCUACAUCCCUGACAGAAUCAGAAGGACAGAGCUGGACGUGCUUUAUGAGGAAGCUGUGUACACAGUGGUCAACCGGGUGGGAGUGCCUUCACCUGAACAUGUGAGAAGUGAUGAAGAGCUGUUUGCCUACCUGCUAAAGGUAUUUGAUAUGAGUGAAGAAGAACAUGACAUCAUUCUCCAAAAAGUUCAAGAAUCCAAGCGAGCCAGUUUUUCCUUGAGAGUCUCCGUCAUGAAAGCAAAGAGUCUGAUGGCCAAGGACGCAAAUGGCUACAGCGACCCCUACUGCAUGCUGGGAAUCCUCGUGGGCCAGAGCCCACGGGAGAUGGAGGAGAAGAAGGAGAGAAAGUUCAGCUUCAGGAAGAGAAAGGAGAAGCUGGAGAAACGCUCCAGCACUAAGGAGGUGCUACCUGCCCGCUGUAUCCAGGUGACCGAGGUCAAACCAGAGACUCUCAACCCAGUGUGGGACGAGCACUUUGUCUUUGAAAUCGAUGAUGUUCACAAUGAUCUCUUACAUCUUGAUAUAUGGGAUCAUGACGACGACGUGUCUGUCGCUGAGGCCUGCAAAAAGCUCAAUGAAGUCAGUGGACUUCGAGGAAUGGGCAGGUAUUUUAAACAGAUAGCAAAGUCAGUGCGUUCAAACGGAUCUGCAUCAUCAGGCUCCGAGGAGAAUGCAGACGACUUCCUGGGCUGCAUCAACAUCCCUUUGAAUGAGAUUCCUAUUGCCGGCUAUGACACCUGGUUUAAGCUGGAGCCUCGGUCGAGUGCAUCUAAAGUUCAGGGAGAAUGUCACCUGAUAUUGAAGGUGUUCACCAGCCAGAGAGACACAGCUUUGUCUAAGAAAGACUCAAAUGUUUCCAUUCACAAGAAUCUGCUGAGUCAGAUUGUGGAAUAUGAGCAUGCUCAUGUUAAGAGAGAGCCGUACAACUGGAACGGGCAGGUUUGUCCUCCGGCAUGGACUGUACUGACUCACCAUGCUGUGCAAACUGAUCUCUCACCUCUCCAACAGGCAAUUAUUCGCUGGCAGUGCUACAGCAGCCACCAUCGGACCCAGAGGGUGUGCUACUCCCUGCUGCUGCGCCUCCUGAGGACCAUUGAUGCCGAGUGGGACCCCGCCGCUGUAAGGGGAGACCUGGAGAGGCAGCUGUCAGACAGCUUCAGGCUGUACACAGAGCACUGCCUGUGCCUGAUGAAGAACAUGCGUCAGGUUUUCCCCUGCACCAGUGCCGCUGCCAUUACACGCUACGAGCUCAUGCUGAGGGGGAUUGGCUACAUGCAAAAUAUGCGAGCGUUUAAGACUGUGUGUCCUCUUCGAAAUGAACUGCAUUUGGACAUCACCACUGCUGUCAAGAAAGGAACUUCAGAGUGGUACGAGAGCUUAAUUGCAAGAUAUAGACCAGAGGAUGGGACUCUUGAGGAUCAGCUGAAAAAGCUGGUUCAGGUGGUUGAUGCAGUGUGUGCAGACGUACAGAGAGCCCAGAACAUCUACAACAAGCUCUUCUACAGUGCAGUGAAAGUAGAUUUCUUCAGCAUAUCAUACAGGCAGUUGGAGAAACAGGUGGCCGAUGAUGUAAAUGUAGCCAUGGAGCGGGUCUGUGGGACUCUGGAGCAGGAAAGCUCCAGACUGACUCAGACAAUGGGAGAGACUAUCUUCGAGCUCUUCAUGUCCUUGAAAAUCCUCAAAGGCUUUCGGGAGUUUCUUCCUCUCAAGGAUGCUAAAAUGUUGGCCUUGACAGGCUUUCAUAACUGGUUCAAGUCCUCGAUUCAUAAGUGGCUGCAGAUCGUUCAUGACAGAUCCUGUGACAGAAUUCGUAAAGCAGUGGAUACGGACACGCUCGAGCCUGUGCAGCAGGCCAAACACAGCUCCUCAGCAGUGGAGGUGACAACAUGCUUCAGCCAGGUACGCGAGAUCUGGCUCCAGCUGGCCUGGCCAGACUCUGCGGGGGCCUUCAUCUUUGUCACUCGUUUGACAGACAAUUUCUGUAGCGAGGCUGUGGGCUACUCAGAGAUGAUAACACGCAAGAUUGAGAGGAACCAGCUGGGCCGAGACCACAAGAGCUUCACAGUGCAGCUCUGCAUCGCCCUGAACAACACAGAACAUGUGCGUGUUUUCCUGGGUCACCUGCCUCGUGACCUGGACUGGCAAGGUGUGGAGCGAGCCAUGGAGGAGUCCUGCGGUGUGGAGGGGAAGGAGCAGGUCUACAAGGCUCUCAAUGGGCAGCUAUUCAACAUGGACCUGGACCUGCAGAGAGAAGCCAAACGACUCAUCACGCUGCUCACCGACAAGAUGCUGCCUGAGCUGCGGAGAUACAUACAGCACAUCAGUCUGUCUCCAGACUCCAUUAACAAUGAUGACGCUGUGGCCCCUCUAAUGAAGUACUUACAAGACACGAUGGUCAUCCUCACUGAAAACCUUGUGAAGGAGAAUCUGACUCGAGUUCUCCAAAGCAUGUGGGAGCUGCUCCUGCGGAUGAUCCUGGACGCGGUUGCAGAAAACAGAGGUGUUCAGGUGGAGUUCUACAACCGCUUCCAGUACACAGUGGAGACCCUGUUGCAGUUCUUGCACGCCAAGGGAGAGGGUCUUUCCGUGGAAGACAUGAAGAGUGGAGACUACAAGGUCUUGGAAGAGGAGCUCAAGCUGAAUAAAUGUUCCUCCUUUGAGCUGAUUGAACAGUACUAUCUUGAGAAGAUUUCCCAACAGAAAACACUCAAGCAUACCCGUUACGGUCGGAUCAGUGUGAAGUGCUAUUACGAUGCUCCGGAGCAGAGACUGACGGUGGAGAUUCUGCACGCUGCAGACAUCAUGGCACUGGAUGCUAACGGUCUGAGUGACCCAUUUGUCAUAGUGGAAGUCUGCCCUCACCACCUGUUCCCUAUGGCCAAGAGUCAACGCACGCAAGUUAAACUUAAGACCCUGCACCCAGUGUUCGAUGAACUCUUUUACUUCCACGUCAGUCCGGAGCAGUACAGACACAGGUUUGCCUGUUUGACCUUCACUGUGAUGGACUAUGACUGGCUUUCCACCAACGACUUCGCCGGUGAAGCCGUGGCUCCUCUCAGCGACUUCUGCUGGCCAGGGAGACCAAACGCCUCAGCUGCCGGCAAAAGCGUCCAGCCUGUCAUUCUCCACCUGUCUCGCAGUAAACCCAGUGAAAAGCCAAUCAUGAGGAUGCUGGACGCUCGCAUCGGAGACAGGGAGGCUCAGGAGUUUGUCCGCAGGCUGAAGGAGAUUGAGAAGUCGAUGGAGGAGGAGUAAAAGCUGUCAGCGCUGCCUGUGUUGGUGUUUUCUGACCACGUCUUGCGACAUGUGCUUUUGUACUGGUGCGAUGUUUACAAUAUUUGAAUUUUUCUUUCAAUGUUAUUGUUUGUUCAGUAAUUAUACCAAAAUGAAAAGAGAAAAAAGGAAAACAGUGAAGCUAAUAGCUGUUUUCUCACUGGGAGAUGAACAUCCUGUCACUGUGCAACCCUAUGCUGUCUCAGUUAAACUAUAUUUUAGAACUGAAUGGAUAGUUGAUCCUAAAUGUUACUAGUCUAUAUUUUUUGUAAUGAAGUAAUUGUUAUCUUUGUUGUAUGAUCUUUGAUAUGAUAGAUUUAACAUUUCAGAACUAUUUUGUGGAAGUAGCUUAUGUAUCCAAUAGUUAUAAGUCAAAGUUUAAAUCUAUACCUCAGAUAUGCUCAUUAGUUGCAGGGGAGUUUAACAUAUUUCGAGACUUUUCAUUCUCCAUGAAUAUUGUGGAGAUCAAUUGCAUGAAAGCCUAUUUAGGAUAUAAAAGCUUGAAUCAACAUGCUUGAUUUUCCUGAUCAUACAGUGGCCUACUAACACACCACAAUGAAUAAAAAUGCCUGUGUCUUGAAGGAAGUCAUGCAGACACAUGUAGCUUUGGGGGAUUGCACUUUCCGAGACUGGGUGUUUUAAGGCCAGGCAGUCAGCUCAGCAGCAGGAAUGCCUAACACUCCCCUGAGGCACACGCCGAGCGGGUUCAUUGGACUUUUGAGAUUGCUCUUCACAAAGCUCAUGAUGGGUCAUUGAAGAGGCCAAAAACCUUGUGGAGGGAAGACUAACUCUUUUAAAAAUCAGUUCAUUCUUGCUGUGACAGCUCUUUAUGUGACUGGCAACAGUGCACUCAUUUAAAGUUGUCCAAAGGCAGCACGCCGACAGAAACAAAUCCAGCUGUCGCAUUUAAAAGAGGAAAAUGUGUUGAACAAUGAACAGGUUCAUUUGACUUCACAGUUACACUCACAGACCUACUAAUCAGGGCUGCUGCCAGGCAUUUUGGUCCCAUUAAAUGAUAUCACAUUGUGCCCCAAUGACGCUGUAAACAACAUUCAGAACAUUGCUCCUCUGUUCAUUGUUGUGGUUGUUUAUCUGGCCAUGCAUGAAUCUUAGAGCUUCUGUACCCAGUGCGUGAAACAGUGACACCAAAGGGUCCUGAUCAAGCAUCCGUAUGUGAUCCUAGCUCAGACUCAAACACCUUUAAAUAACUCUACCUUUCCAGGCUCUCUUGUAGUCCAAUAUUUACUGCGAUAUUUACUGACAGUGAGCUGUGAAAACAUAUCACUGUGUAGACAUGCAUGCAAUACUCUGCACUCAGUGGAAUUCAUUAUUUGAUGCAAGGCUGAUGCCCUCUAUGAGAAAUGUGCCGUUCGCUGUCCAAAAGCAAUUUCAAUGGAAAAUUAUUUUAACAUUCAUGAAUUACUUAAUACAUAAUUGGGCAAUGCCUGUACUGUACCUAGAGCGCUACCACCAGCUUCUGGUUAGCUUAGAAUCAAAGACUGAAACAGGGAAACAGCUAGCCUGGUUCUGUCUAAUGGUAACAAUAUGAUGCAGAGCAGUACAUCUAAAGCUCUCUAAUUAACACGUUGUAUCUUGUUUAUUCAGGCUGAAUAAGAACUAAUAAUGACACAUCGUGGUUUUAGGCGGGAAGUAUUUCUCGGCAGUCACUUCCUGGAGUCUUUGCUGGUCACCUGACCACCCUAAGGUUGAUGACCUGGAAUUAUUAAAUUAUAAUACUCAAGUAUUCAAUACCUUUUUUAUAAUGUUAACUUGAUUUUGCCACCAUGAGUGGUAUGUAUAAAUAAAAAAUUUUGAAGCCCACACAUAAAAGAAAGACACAAUAUAACCAUAUAAAACCAUAGCUUUUAAUUGUCGUAAACUAUCGGUAAAGGAAUAUGUGUAAUUCACAAAAUGUUUUUAAGACAUGUCUUUACCAACCAGGUUUGAUAUUUUUAAUGUUGUAUGUAAGCUGCUAUUUUAAUUUAAUUUAAAUUACUUUAUUUUGAAUUUUAAUAAUAUUGAUCGCUUUCGCUGGUUGCCUCUCCUCCGCAGAAGCUAUAUUCAGAAGCAUACAUACUGUGAUGAUUAUGGGGAUACACCAGGAGAUCCUGAUGCCUGAUAAUUGAAAGGGAGAAAGCGCACCCUGACGUCCCCAAAGAUAACACAAUAUGGUGCACAGUGUGUGGCCAGAUGGUAGCUAAUUGCAGAUAAUGAUCUCAUGUAGCGUUCAGAAAGUUCUGGAAACUGCCUUUUUACAUGGAAAAUCCUUUUGUUAUCCUAACUUUAAAUCAAUGCAGGCUCACCACAGACCUUCAACAAGGACAAGAGUCUGAGUUUUACUCUCAGUGUGGGGCUUAAUCUCUUGAGGUCCAGAGGAAGGAAAAGCAUAAUGAACCUGUGCAGUGGCCUAAUUAUACCUAAGAGGUUAGACAGGCCUCUCAAUGGCCUGACAGGUAUAAUUCAACAGACACCAUCUCCAGUCCUCCAAAGCUAUGUGUCUUCUCUGUGACGGUUUAAUAUUCUUUCUGAAAAAUAAUAAGGAUCAGACUUCAACCUGAAAUCCAGCUAUCAUCCUGUAGAAAAUAUGAAAUUGUUAUGCAAUUGAAAAUGUACUAAACAACUCAAAAAAGCACAAAUUCUGUUAAUAGCUUAAUAAUGGAGUAGCCUAGAUUUUAUUCUGGUAGCGUUGACCUAGCAAUCUAAAAUAACAGUAGCAAGUCUGAAGGGCCAGUUUCCUGCGCAGGGUUUGAAUUAAACCCGGAGGAAGGUUAAAUCUGGAUUGUUAUUCAUGUUUGAGCUCUUGUGCCUCGCUUUAAAAGGUUGCUUUGAUGUCCUUAGAGGAAAAAAAUGCCAUAAAAAACACCUUCAGUCCAGAUAUAGCUUCUAAAUAUAAAUUCAUUUUCAGAAUUGUGACCCUUUCAAUGUUUGCAUAAUGUUACUUUUGUUAUGAAAAAACACACAAAACCACUUGGAGAAAAAAAAAAUGUAUAUUUACAUUAUUUUUUUUAACCAACAUCCGUCCUCAGCAUAGCUAGCAAAUAUCCAUUCCUUUUUUAGAAUGUUAACCCUUUAAAAGCACAUUUUUUAACAUAAUGCCACGGUUGUUUUUAUGGGAGAAAAGGUUGAACUAUUUUCUGUGAAGUAAAUGUGAGGGAGAUUAUUUCACAGUCUGGAAUAAGUCAGUGAUUAGCAACUACAGUGAUUUUGAUGCAUUUUUAUUUUUCCAAAAUACAGCAGCAAUCAUCUAAACUGAAGUAAUUUAAAAAAGGAUGUUUCCCUUCCUUGUUUUCCCUUCCAUCAGAAAAUGACUCUUUUGAAACCACAGGUCUAGAACAAAAACAAAUAUAUUAGAAUGCAUGAUUUAAUGCAAUGGCCAGAGGAAGAAAAGAUUGUGUUUUUAUGGGUUUUAAUGGGGACAUUUUGUCCUGAAGAUUCUGUGAGUCUGUAUUUUGGAACUUACAAAACUGGAAAAAAAUAUAUCAAUAAUUAUACCUUUGUCAAAAUGUACUUCUCUAUUGAGGCACAAGGGUAAAGACAGUUGCACUUCUUGAAUUGGUCCAGGACUUACAAGCUUAAAUGUAUUCACCUGUGUCGUCCUCUUUAAAGCAGGACUGAAGCUCUGAAGCUGGUUCCACAAACCCCAUGAGACAUUGGAAUCAAAAGCAAAAAACUGACAAAACAAUAGAAGCAUAAAAAGAACUUAGGAGUCCAAAUUUUUCACACGAGUCCUAUGACUGAAAAUGAAUGCAACCUUCCAAAAUAGAGAUUUAAGUUAAGCCUCUGUAGUCCUGGAGGAACUUAAAUCUCUAAGAAAUCUGUCCACAACACUGAGUUACAUGGACUGUUUUUAUAUUCAUCUCUAGUUUAUGUAGGAUAAAAAAUUGGACUUUAUUCCUGUCCAGGAAACUGGCCCUUUAUUGUCACAAAUGUAGCUUAAAUUUACAACAUUUAGUAGUCGAGUAGACAAGAAAUUUCUCAGCAUUUGGAAAAAUGCAGGCUAGGUCCACUCCUCUACCCAACUCUAACACCCAACAGCAAAAUAAACGGGUAUCAUAAUGUUGAGUUUCUAUUUGCAUGUUAUAAAAAUUUUGCCUUACAUACAAAUCAGGCCUUUAGGAGUCAUUAAUGAAUGUUUCCAGUUUAAAUGUGUCACUUUUAUUGUACCUUAAUGACAAGACAACAGGAUCACACAAUAGUGACAUGUAGUGAAGAAACACUGUAGCAAGAACUUUUCACAGCGACAGCAUUUAGUUAGUGAUGUAACUUAACAGUAGCUGCUUGUGUAGUGCUUUGUCGUUUACUCUGUGGGGUCGUGAGGAUGAAGCACGCAAAAACCAUAUCUAUGCCUGGAGAUUGUGCUGCAUAACAGGGACUGUUCUGGUGACCAGACCAUCUGAACAGCACAUGCCUUUAUUUUUUUAUUUUUGUUUUUAAGAUAUCACAGGCUUUCAUUGUUAGUAUAUUAACAUCACAUGCCAUCUUAUUUGUUACUUAUGUACUUUAGGUUGUCCUAAACAAAGGCAGAAGGACUUCAGAAUGAUAUAACCAGUUAAUGGAUCUAUUGACUGAAAUAUUCUGUGGCAGUGAUGCAUUUAUUUAAAUAUUUAAUAAUUUAAAUCCAGAUAUUCUGGCCAGAUGUUUACACAAAAAAAAACUUGAACCACACUUUUGAGUCUAAACAACCAUUAUAUAGUCAAAUAAAGCUAAUAGUAUAUUACAAAAUGUAAACUAGGAUUACGAAAGUUACAGAGGUAAUUUACAUCUUUCUAACAAGGACCGUUUUAAAUGGAAAAUCUCUUUAUUAGGACAGCAGAGUGUCUUUCACCGUUAAAUACAAUAAUCUAUGUUCAGUCACAGCAUUGUAGGCGGCCUUAUGUUGCCCUUAAACAGGGAAUCUGCUCAGUAUUAUUUGAAUACAUUGAUUUAACAUGCUUAUUGUCAACAAUUCAAACAAAGUAUUUAGUCUUUAAAUGUUCAGUGAAAUCAGUUGUAUUAUCAAAGUAUUAUUUCCAGUGCAUUUCAUUAAAAAAAAGAAGGCAAAGGUUCUCAGACUGUGAAAUAACAGAAUAUCAUGACGA